GGAGAAACGUAGGUCUGGUAGCUGUUUGGAGAAUUUCACAGUGAUUGGUUGUGUUGAAGGAGAUUAACAAAAAAGAAAUCAGUAACUUAUCUAACUAAAUAAAUCAUGAUUUAAGAUAACCAUUUUGAGGAACAAUUAGCAACUGUGGUUGAAUCAAAGAACAAAGGAAACAAAAAGAGAAAAAGAAAGUUAGAGAGAGAAGGAAAUUUUACGAUUUUCGUCGAAAUUAUUUGCCGACAUCGAAACGUAAAAAAAGUAUAGACGAAAAAUUAAUUAAGAGCGUACAGAUCUUAUAAUAAGAAAGCUUUAUAUAAACGAAAUUCGAAUUUCACCGUUACCAUGGUUAUUCUACAUAAAAUAAUUAAACUGUAUAAAUGGUUAAACGAGGAUUUAUCAGAUCCGCGUACCAAAGAUUUGUUUCUGAUCGACACACCAUGGUGGAAUGCACUUUUGAUUGUAUCCUACCUAUACUUCGUAAAUGUUUUUGGGCCGAAAUUCAUGAAUAAAAGGCAAUCGUACAAAUUGAGCAGGAUAAUACAGAUAUAUAAUUUUACACAAAUUAUAAUUAACUUAUACUUAUUUUAUAAGAUUACAAAUCUGAUGUGGUUAAGAAGUGAUAGUUGGCAAUGCCUGCCUCUAAACUACUCACAUGAACCAAUACCUAUGGAGAUCACCAGAAUAGUCUUCUACUACUAUUUACUUAAGUUAUUUGAUUUACUGGAUACGGUCUUCUUUAUAUUUAAUAAAAAGCAAAGUCAUGUAAGCUUUCUACAUGUAUAUCAUCACAGUGGCAUGGCAUUAGCUGGUUGGUUAGGUACUAAAUAUGUACCCAGUGGUCAAGGUAUAAGUAUAGGAACAAUUAACGUAUUUGUUCACGCAAUAAUGUACAUCUACUAUCUGCUGACAUCCAUGAAUAUAAACGUAACAUCGUGGAAGAAAUACCUUACUCAGCUGCAGUUAAUUCAGUUCUGUCUGUGCUUUUUGUUUUUUUCCCGAUCACUGUGGCUGGAUUGUGAUUAUCCAAUGGUAAUAACGAUAUUUAUGAUACCGCAGUAUCUUUUUAUGAUAAUGUUAUUUGGAGAAUUUUAUUACGAUACAUAUGUCAGCAAGAAGCCGGCAAGUGCAGCGGCAUCGACGAAAACGGAAGAGAAUGACAAUCUGCGCGGAAAUUGUCUCGAAUACACAAUCAGAUUUAUAUAUUUCCGUAACGUGAACAACGUAGCGAUUGCCAACAUGGCUAGUCUCAUAAAACUCGUAGUCAGCAAUUAUAAUGAAGUUCUGAAGAAUGUUAAAGAUCCAAUGGUGGAUAAGUGGCCAUUAAUGGGAUCUCCCGGUCCAGUGUUGUGUAUUGUUGGGACAUACCUGAUUUUUGUUCUAAAAGCCGGGCCUAAACUGAUGGAGAAAAGGCCAGCCUUUCAACUAAAUACUGUGUUAAUAUUGUACAAUAUGUUUCAAGUAAUUUUCAGUAUUUGGUUGACGGCACUGGCACUAGAAGUCGAUAUUGGAGAUUUGAUAUUCUCUCACGGUUGUAAUGCGCAUAAUAAAUCGGAUCGAGUGAGCAGAACUUUACAGGAAACGUUAUCGCGGGGUGCAUGGUGGUAUUUCGUAGCGAAGAUAAUCGAGCUCUUGGACACGGUAUUCUUCGUUUUAAGAAAGAAGCAAAAUCAAGUGACUUUCCUUCACGUCUAUCAUCAUACCAUAACGGCGGUCUUCUCGUGGUGCUACUUGAAGCUGCUACCCGGUCAACAAGGUGUCGUAGUGGGCCUCCUAAAUUCUAUAGUCCACAUUAUUAUGUACAGUUAUUAUCUCAUCGCGGCGCUUGGCUCUAAAUAUAGAAAGUACCUCUGGUGGAAAAAGUAUAUGACCUGGAUUCAGCUGAUUCAGUUCGUAAUGAUGCUGAGCUACCUGACGCUAACUCUGUUCAUGGACUGCCAAAUGCCGAAGGCUCUAACUUAUUUCUUCUUAACGAACGUAGUCAUUUUCAUCUACCUAUUUAGUGAUUUUUAUCGAAAAGCGUACAAAACGAAGAAGAUCUAAUAAUCAGAAUUGAUCUCGCGGAAGCAAAAUGAAUACGAAUGAGUUUAGCAGUUUCUAUUUUUGCUGAAAUGUUUACGAGGAAAUAAAUUAAUAAGGAAAACUAAACGGUCGACGACGCGGUAAUUGCUCAUUCGUUUUUACUAUAUGAAGUAAUAUAAAAAAACUUCUCUGAUUUGUACACACUUACAUACACACAUUUAUGUGUGUACAAUAGUUUCCAUUAGUUUAUAGAACGCAUUAGUUUAUCAAAUGUUUAUAAAAUGUUCAAACUACGUGUACAUGUCACUUUUUCAAAAAAAUUUUUGGCAAGUAUUACUUACAAAAUCUGUCAUUCAGUAGUUAACGCUUCCUAUAUAAUCGAUUGUUGUGUUCAUAUAAUUCAUUAAUCAAUAAUCGCCUUAUAAUUUUAAUUAUUUUCUUACAUAUAGUUAUAUAUAGUUAUAUAUAGUUAUAUGUUUAAUUGCCUCUCGUGUAAAGAUCAUACGGAAGCUACUUUGUUUUAUUUAUUUAUAUAUGUAUAUACUCUGGUUGUUUUAAACAAAAUUACCAAAAUACGAUUAAUACCGUAAUUGUGAUAUGUAUAUUUAAUUCUACUGAAAUUUUCAUUGUCAUGCUCGAAUCUUUGAAUUCUUUCCGAUGCGAUGUUGCAUCGUGCAGUUAAUGCAUGACGUAACAUACCGGCAGCGGAUUUAUUGACACAAAAAAAACGAAGAGAAAAAGUUACAGCGAGAGAGGAAACAGGACAAGUGCGAAAUCGAAGUCUGAUUGUUCGAGGUUACAUUAAAAGUGUGCCACAAUUCAUAAAGAAAUACCCGACUGUAAGUAACGAACCAACCGUCACUCGUUAAAAUCUACUAGGUCUGAAUGUCGUUCUUUCUCGAAAGAAAACAUCCAAUCUCUCCAAGUUUUGCUAACGGUAUUUACUAUUUCCUAGGUUCUGUUGUGUUAUACAGUCUUGUAUAUUCAAUGGCACGUUAUAAGAGCCUCAGUAUUUAGUCGGGAAAGAAUAAACAUCUUUAGUUCUAGAAUUAUUGCUCUCUUCACCAGUCAACGAUUUAAUAAAAAUAAAACAGAGUGUUUGAGGUUCUUUCCUCGACAUUCAACAAACGAUUCGUUAUCCUCGUAGCAAGAUUGAUCAGAAUAACGCGAAAUCUUUCCCGACAAUAAACCAAAUAUUAAUUGGUGAUGACAAUCUUACUAUUUGUGUUCCAUAUUCUAAUUAAAAAUCUGUCAUGCUGCAAUUAAAUAAAUGGACGACGCACAAAUGCAUAAUAUAUUAACUAUACCUAAGAUAUAUACUAUUAUUUAUUAAUAAGUAAUCUAAAUAAAUCAAAGUUGCAAAUA